UUUCAGUGUCCUACUAUAGCACGCCUGCACAAGCACUUCCUUUUUUGAAGUGCCAAUACUUUGAUGUUGAGAUAGUCAGAGAACAAUUAAAGUGGGCAUUGCUGUCCUCCAGUUUCCAGUAUAUGAGCUGGCAUAUGUGUGCUGCAUUAGUGUUUAUUUCUUUUAUUGAUAUGGAUCAAUGGAGGCUGUGCUUUAUCCUGCUCCUGCCGCUUUCUGGGUGUUUUGAAAGUGAAGUGACUAUUGUGAAGACUACUGGGAGAGAAGACCAAACUCCAGUAUGCACCAGUGCAACACUGACUGUAUGUAAUAUCAGCACAGAAAGGAGAAGAGGAGGAGAGUGUCUCCUGAAGUAUAAAACCAGUGAGGACUUUUUUCAUGGCUGUGACUCCAGGUUCACGCUGACAAAAAGAAAUCAGACUGUGUUUCUCCACCUGAACAAUUUAACAUCGGAGGACAGCGGGAACUACACCUGCAAGUGUACAAGCACCAGAGGAACAUUUGUUCGGCAUCUUAUUGUCACUGUGGAAGGUCUUGAUGCAUUCUCAAGGAAGGUGAACGUAGAAGGUGAACACAAACACAAAGAUGACGUCCAGAAAGGUGGCCGCAGCUUAAAGAGAACUGUAAUUUUACUUUCCUUGGUUGGUGCAGCAACAGUCUUCAUUGUAAUUCCAUUUUUUCUGGGAGUUAUCUACUGUAUUAAACGUCACAGUGCAAGGUCAGAGACACCGGGAUUAUAUGUAAAUGAAACUCCUCGCUUUUUGGAUGAUGUUGAUCUCGAAUAUUCCUACGAAAACCUUCAACUGCCAGGACAUGAUGAUAUCGAUCAAACUGUCGUCUCAGGUCACCAUUAGCAUGGCACCAAAAGAAAUUUAGUGAGAACCACAGAAACCGUCGACUUGGGUGAUCAGGAAGCUGAUCUGAAUCAUGAACACUGUAAACCAAAAGUGAGUCUAAUAUCAAAUAUCAACAAAUACAGUGGCCUUGAGGCUGUUCCUUUAUUUACCUUUUUCAGUCAAAGUUUUGGUAUUAAAUGUAAUGUGUUAAUCAUCCACUAGACCUAUGUAUUGCUUUUGAGACAGAAAAUAAAUAACCGCAUAGAUUUAAAUACAUAGAAAGUAUUGUUGUCUCCUAUUUUUAGAACUGAGAGUAAUGUUUGUUAAACAUGUGUAACUGGCCUAUUUUUUACUCAAGGAAGUUUCACUUGAGCAAAAUUAAGUAACAUUACACAAAGAGUUUUUGUCGCCUACUAAGUUAUAACGGUGUGAUGCAAAAAUUGCACACUGCUUUUUAUUAUGUGCAGUGCAGUGAGCUGCACAGAUGCUGUUCUUUAUUUAGAGAUCAAAUUCAGGCAUCUAAAUAUGAGAGAACCACAAACGCAAAUGGAUCAGCUUCAGCACUUUACUUCAUCUCAGUAACUUGAUAAUCACACAUAUUGUAACAUAUUAUGUCAUUACACUGCUUGGUGAAACUUUGCACCUUUUAUUCAGUCUCUGUGGGAACCCUCGUUACAAAGUGAUGCACUGUAUCGUUGCAUUUAUCUGCAAAAUGGUGAUGCAACACAUUACUGUUCCGUGUACUGUAAGUUUGUUACCGUGCCUUUUCUUGCACAUUAGAGCAACAAUCAUUUGAUCUCAGUUCAUGGACACAAAAACAGAUCAUCCUAAAACUUAUAAGCCAUGCAGAUACAAAAGCAUACCUGUUCAGCUGCAGGUUAAUAUAAAUAUAUAAUCAGCCAAUCAUAUGGGAGAAACUCAAUGAAUUUAGGCUUGGAGACAUGCCGUGGUGCAUCAUCGGUAUCCUACUGAAUGUAGACUGAAGUUAAGAAUGUGGAAGGAUUGACAGGAUGGCCUGAAAAAGAGAAAAUAUCCACUGCGCAGCUGUUCUCUGGGUGAAAACGCCUUGGUGAUGUCAAUGGUCAGAGGUCAGAAGAGAAUGGCUAACCAUCUUCGAGCUGACAG